AUGGUAAUUCGAAAAGUUGACGUUGUCAUCGUUGGGGCCGGCCCAACAGGAUUGACGAUGGCUCUAGAGCUGGCCCUUCAUCAAGUAUCCUUUUCCAUCGUUGAGAAAUCCCCAUCCCCAUCCGACAAGAGUCGCGCCCUAGUUCUACAUCCGCGAAGCCUAGAGCUCCUGAGACGCCAUGGUAUCGCCGAUGACCUCAUGCGACGAGGGACUCUAGGUACCGGAGCGCGGGUUUUUGUCAAUAAGAAGAAAGCAGCAGUGUUCAACUUUACAGAUCUCGGCUUCGAUCACACCGCUUUCCCGCAACCAUUGUGGAUUUCUCAGGCCGAAACGGAGGCCCUGCUGCUCUCUCGUCUGCAAUCCUACGGCGUGGAAGUGGAGCGUGGGGUUACUGCGGAAGGUUUUGAACAAGACGAAUCGGGGGUGACCGUGACUUUGUCGAAAGACGGAGUGACGGGCCACAUCCGCUGUGCAUACGUGAUCGGCUGUGAUGGCGCACAUAGCGUGGUACGCCGUUCCGCCGGUCUCUCUUUUGAGGGCGCGGCAUAUCCGCAGGAUUUCAUCCUCUGCGACGCGCAUCUGAAGUGGGAUCAAUUUGAAGACGAAGGAAGACACAUCUCCAUGUUCACGGGUGGGAAGGAGGUCUUGAUACUAUUUCCAUUGCCAGACGGUGUGGUUCGCCUCGUUGGUAAUUUGCCCUCGGGAACCCUGAGCGGUAGCCGAAGCGGUUUGGCACCAACACUGGAGGAUUUUCAAAGCUUGUUUAAUAGGAUGGCUCCGGGGAAAUGGGAACUUUCUGAUCCUGUUUGGCUUGCAAACUUCAGAUUGCAUCAUCGCGGGGUGGACAACUACCGCAAAGGAAGGUGCUUCGUAGCUGGGGAUGCAGCGCACAUCCACAGCCCGGCAGGUGGCCAGGGGAUGAAUACGGGUAUACAGGAUGCGAUAAAUUUGGGUUGGAAGCUGGCUCACACGUUGAGGGUGCACAAGGCCGGUGGUACGGUGAUGGAAACGUGGUUGGAUAGCUACAACGAGGAGAGACAUCGUGUCGGGCAGCACCUGCUGGAAGGAACAGACCGGCUCUUCAGCUACGCGUCGUCUACAAAUACCCUCUGGAUCUGGUGGCGAAAUUUCUUGCUGACCUGGAUCAUGCCGUGGGCGCUGUCUCGCAGGAAACUUCGGGCCCGGCUAUUCAGGUUUAUCUCGGAACUGGGUAUCCGAUAUCGACAAAGUUCAAUAGUUGGGACAUCGCCGCAUUUCAUGGGGCAGUUGAAGGGAGGCGACAGGGCCCCGGAUGGCAAAAUCAGGAUGCCUGAUGGGGUAACGAAGUUCCUUUUAGAGACCUGCGCAGGAAACAAGUUCCAUUUUCUGCUGUUCUCGGGCCGCGGCGCCCAAGCUCUCGGCACCGAAGGCAUGGAGUCAUGUGCGACACGGCUAAAGGAAUCCUUGGAAGGCAAAGCUCUUGACGUACCAGAGGCCCACGAGGUCUACGAAUCUACUCCGCCGCAUCCUUCUGCGAUGAUGGAUGUAGAUGGAAAGUUGCACAAGGUUUACGGUUUUGAAGAGCCUGGGUUUGUGUUGGUCCGACCAGAUGCGUAUAUUGCAUAUAUUGGUUCACACUCGGACAUUGAUGAUUUCUUGAUUUGGAUAAAUCAUGCUGUUGAAAGCCCCCAAGGCCCAAGCUCAGCUUACUCCCUUCCGGCGCCUCAAGUCGACAUCUUCUCAGCCACAUCGGCCAAGGUUAACUCGUUCAGUCCACAACUCUAA